UUCAUCACUACUGACACUACUUUUCGCACUUUAUGUCGGAGUUAUGAUAUAUAACGCGAAGAUGUCUAUGAAAGACAGAGACAACUGUCUGGACAAUUGUACGGCAAAGCCGGCGGCCAUUGAGAGGACAGAAACCACACCAUUGCUGAACGACAAGACUCUCAUAGCAUUGCAACAAUUGGCUAAAAACUGUGACGAAAACUAUGGAAAGUUUAGUUCAUUAAACAAGAAGAGCGGAUACGAAGAGAUUGUGGACAAGAAAUUACAAUUGGAUGACAACGAGGACGACGACAGCUUUAUCAUGAAUAACUGUUUUUGUUCACUCAUCUUAUCGCCGGUUUAUAUAGUAUUUUGGGCCACAAUGCCUAAGAGAUGGCCAAUUUGGACGUUCAUUGUCUCCAUUGCAUAUCUAACCGGACUUUCUUACGGCACCGUUUGGGCCAUCAGUGGAUUCAGUGAUGCCCUAUCCAUUCCCCAUACAGUCUCCGGAAUGACAUUAUUAGCCGCCGGUUCUGCGGUGCCCGAUUUGGUCACGUCUAUCAUCGUGAUCAAAAAGCACGGUCUGGCCUCAAUGGGAAUGUGCGCUGCGAUCGCGUCCAACAUCUUCGCCAUUGUGGUCGGUUUGGGUCUGCCGUGGCUUUUGAAGUGUUUGAUACAAUUAUAUCAAACUAACGGCGAUUACUCGAUGGCGUUCAUACCGAUAGAGAGCGACGCCCUUCCCUAUACAUCCAUCGUGUUAUUGAUUACGAUUUUCGCACUCCUCUUAUCAUUAAAACUGUGCGAUUGGCGACUCUACACAACACUGUCCCUAAUCUGUGCCCUCAUUCACCUUAUCUUUAUGGGCGCCAGUAUUUCACUUGAAUUGUUUGUUCACUCCUGAGAUUGUGAUUAACAAUUCCUAUGCCAUUAGAAUAGCACUGAAUUUUAUAUACUUUUAGUUUUCAACUUUAUUUUGUUGUCUUUGUUUUUUUGUUGGUUGUGUUUAUGUCUUUCUCUGACAUAAAACAUUACGAGAGAAACUACUAUUUUAUUAAAUAGUAUAUUUAUAUUAUAUAACUUAUGUGUUCUCCUCCGCAAAGACUUUUCUAUCACCCCUUUUAUCUGUUAACCAAAAAUCUCAAUUAUAUAUCGAUAUGCC